AUGGCAGGGCAGAGUGGCCUGGACCUCUUGGCAGAGUGGAACCAGAGGUGGAAGAAGCUGGCAUCUUGCGUCCCCCAGGAAAGGCCCAUGGAACUGCAAGCAGCCCAGGAUCAGACCAAGCCAGGAAGUGAGCUGGGGGCACUGCCUUCCAGGGUCCCUGCAGCCCCGGAAGGGCUGCAGCAGCAGGGUUCAGGGAAGGAGACUGAGGACACGCAGAGGAGACAGCAGGACCCAGGGACAGUGGAGAGUCAGGCCCCCGGCAGCUGCCAGCAGCAGCUGGAGUGUCUGCCCACCCCAGGUCGCCAGGCAGAAGAUGGGUCAGAUAUAGUGCAGGCAACAGAGCCUUCUUGCACCUUGGACAGCUGUGGACAACAAUUGGAAGACAAGCCCCCCAAGAAGGCAGGCACCCCCCACAUUAGGCCACAGUGGGUGCUGCCAGAGCCUGGCCCACAGGGAGACAAAGACAGUUCCCAGGAAGCAAUGCCACUAAUGGCCUCAAUGACUCUGGAGGAAAAGACUGACAGCUCCUUCCCACCGCCCACGCCAGGACCUAACACACCCAAAGACUGGUUCAAGGCUGUAGAGACCAAGCCAGCACCGGAGCCUGUUCCUCCACCUGAGGUGAGGGAUAUGGGAGAGAGGAAGGAGGAGGACUGUGCCCAGAAGCAGCCUCAGGAGUCCACAGAGACCACAGGUGCCCAGAACCUCGGGAACAGCUGGCAGGGCUUCAUGAAGUGCCUUCUGGAGGUGGAGGAGGAGGAGGCCUCGCAUCGAAGGGCCACCAAGGCUCGAGCCCCGCCAAACCGGAAGUCCCCCAGGACCUUGACCCUUGUGCCCACCUCAGCCCCAAGUCUGCCCCUGGCACCGACUCAGGCCCCAGCCUCGGCCCCUGCUGUGGCCCCAUCCUGGGCCCGGCUGCCAGCCCCUGGGUCGAUCCCUGCCCCUGCAGCGGCCCCUGUCCCAGGCUCUGUGCCUGUCGCGGUCCUGCCAGCGCCCACCCAGGAGCUGGGCUGGAGAAAGACAGCAGUCUUGCACCAGAGCAGCGAGAAGAGCCUGAGCCACGCCAAGGCACGGCAGGAGCUGGAGGAAGGCUGCCACCUGCAGCUGGGCGAGAACUGGGAGGAGCCGGCCGAGGAGCGCCUCACCCCGCAGCAAGAGGAAGCCUUCCACAGUUACUUUGAGAUCUUCAGCGGCCACGGCGAGGUGGACGCACGCAGCCUGGAGAACAUCCUGCUCCUCGUGGGCAUCUCCCUGACGCCGGCCCAGGUGGAGGAGGCCCUGGUGAGCGCUGACGUUGACGGAGAUGGUCACGUGGGCUUCAAAGACUUCUUGGCCGUAAUGACGGAUACCAAGCGCUUCUUCUGCUCCAUGGAACAGAGCGCCUCGACGGACAUGGCUCCCCCGAAUCCCCACACUCUGCUCUUUGAGAUCCUGUCCCUGCUGGUGGAGAUGCUGGCCUUACCCGAGGCAGCCUUAGAGGAGAUCACUGACUAUUACCAGAAGAAGCUGAAGGAAGGCACAUGUAAAGCCCGAGAGAUGGAAUCGGCCACAGGCCAGCAGCGGUCCCGGAAGAAGCUUCCCUACAACCCGCAGCAGGCAAACAUCUUGGAAGUCCCAGAACGAAGGGUCCUCAGAAUCCUGAGCCGGCUGAAGCAGCAGAACUAUGCUGCCAACCUGCAGAGCCCCUAUGCCCAGGUGCCCUGCAUCCCACUCUGCCCGAGGCUGGAGAAGACUGUCGGCCGGAAGCAGGGCAGCCACUACGUUCUGGACCAGUGCACCCCCAUCAACCUGGGCCCUGACAUCCACAGCCUCUUCUUUCAGUCAGGAUCUCGAGGAAGCAGGGACCACAGCUCCGACAGCCAAAAGUGGCUCAGCUCCGUGCCAGCUCGAACCCACUGA